GACAUCUUAGGCAUGUUUUCUCUCUCAGUCACUAAUAUGUGCAGUUUUAAUGUCUCAUUUGGUGGAUUUCAAAAAGAAAACACAUGGUCAAAUAAUGUACCGUUAGUCACACAUAACUAGAGAAAUGUCCGGACUUCGUUGUUUUAGGUGAUGCAUCUGAAGUCAGUGGUACAGAGGAGAGCAGCCCCAGACUGACAUGGCACACACCGGAUCAGAUGUGUGUGACACGCCGCUGAAUGGAGUUCCAGAGGGGAUGGAUCUGCUUCAAAUAGACGUGGAGACCGACGGGCCAGGGAGGGAAACGGCACCGUUUUCUAGGAAUGUGUCGAGGAAGCUGCGACACUGGGAGAGGCAGCUGGCAGCCAAGAAAAGCAAGAGGAGAGGAGAGAAGCAGAGGAGGAAGCUCAACCGUGAGCAGGAGUCGGGUACAGCUGCCGGCGCAGGUAAUCCUCAGUUUACCAAACGGGUCAUGAAAGCGAUCACCAAAGAACGUUUAUCUGAGGCUCAGUCCACGGGGCUCAAACUGUGUGUAGACCUGAGUAUGACAGACCGAAUGUCUGACAAGGAGGUAAGUCGCCUGGCUGGACAGUUAAGAAGGCUGUACGGGUCGAACAAGAAGGCGCCUCGGCCGUUUCACCUUCUCCUGACGGACCUGAGAGAGGACAGCCGGCUCUACAGAGAGUGCCUUCGAAUGAACGAAGGCUUCCUCAACUACAUGGUAGACAUAACAGAAGAAAGCUGUCUGGACCUUUUUCCUCCAGAAACUAUCGUCUACCUCACUCCAGAUGCUGAAGAAGCUCUAGAAACAGUGGAUGCUGACAAGGUGUACGUCCUCGGUGGCCUUGUGGAUGAAAGCAUCCAGAAGAAGUUGAGCUUGUCGAGAGCCAGAGAACUGAGCGUUCGCACGGCGAGGCUGCCCAUAGACGAGUACAUGGUGAAGAAAAACAACGCCAAGAAUUUCCACUCCAAGAUCCUGCCUGUUAAUCAAGUGAUGGACAUCUUAUUGACUUUCUGCGACACCGGCAGCUGGACAGAAGCGCUGCAGGCCUGGUUCCCCCAGGGGAAGGGUUACGUGGUUGCACCCGAGGAUCGCCCACCACUUCCUGUCUCUCCGUCCGAAAUUUAGCAUGUGGAUUAAUUUUCAUUCAUGCUUUAUAGAGAACUCGAUCUCAAUUACCUCAGGGGAGCUACGACAUUUCUUGGUUUACAUUGAAACAAAAGAAUAUUUAUGUAUUUUGUAUAUUUUGAUGCUUGAGAUGUGUAUUAGUUCUCGUCGGAAUUCAAGAAUUAAAAAAAAACAAAGGGACCUUUUUUAUUUUUUAACUUUCUCAGGAGUCAUUUUUUUGUACAAACCCCUGAGGCUUAAUAAGUAAUAUGUCAAAGCCAUAAUUAUCUUCACAGUGGGAGAUUGCUUCUUUAGUUUUAUACAACAAGGUCGCACAAUUUUGGAAAACUGUCUAAAAACUUUAUGAUUUUUUAACUUUUAUUACAAAUUGUUGCCCUUUAAGCGUAGGACAGAAGAAUGUCUUGCUAUUUUUUUCUUAUUUUUAAAAAAAUGUGAAAUACUUUUUUCUAAAAGCUGCUUGUUUUAAAACAAGAGGCAGCCCGUGUUGGGA